GACUAUUUGGGUUAAAUCCCUAAAUCUCUACUUUCGCAUCAAGUCAUAAAUCUUGAGAUUUUGAGUUUCAUUGAUCAAUGGAAUCUCGCCACUUAUCAGUUCUUCCCAUAACCAAGCACACCCAAUCUCAACAACAAGAACAAGAUCAUGAUCAACCAAAUUCCAAAACACCUCUUCUUUCUUCAUCUUCUUCAUCAAAAUCAAAUCAUCUAAGCAAAAUUAUAUACGUUGCUCUCCUCUUAACCACCUUCAUUUCUCUCAUUUCCGCUUUAUUCUUCUUUCACCCCCCAAAAAAACUCCAAUCCGCCAUUAGACCUCAACUUAAGCUUCCUCAUCCUGUAGUCAUCUUGAUUUCCUCAGAUGGGUUUCGAUUCGGGUACCAAUUUAAAGCCCCAACACCAAACAUUCAUCGAUUAAUCAAAAAUGGCACCGAAGCUGAAAUGGGUUUAAUCCCAGUUUUCCCAACAUUAACUUUCCCUAAUCAUUAUUCGAUUGUUACUGGUUUAUACCCUCCUUAUCAUGGGAUUAUUAACAAUUAUUUUGUUGAUCCUAUAACAGGAGAUAAGUUUACAAUGUCGAAUCAUGAUCCCAAAUGGUGGCUUGGUGAACCCUUAUGGGAGACUGUUUCAAAACAUGGGAAAAAAGCUGCUACUUAUUUCUGGCCUGGAUCUGAGGUAAAAAAGAAUUCAUGGGAUUGCCCAAUUAAUUUUUGUAUGAAUUAUAAUGGUUCUGUCCCUUUUGAGGAUCGCGUUGAUACUAUAAUUAGUUAUUUUGAUUUGCCUGGUGAUGAAAUUCCUGUGUUUAUGACAUUGUAUUUUGAGGAUCCGGAUCAUCAGGGUCAUCAAUUCGGGCCGGAUGAUCCGGAGAUUACAACUGCUGUUGUUAGAAUUGAUGAAAUGAUAGGGAGAUUAAUUUUAGGGUUAGAAAAAAGAGGGGUUUUUGAGGAUGUUACUAUAAUCAUGGUUGGUGAUCAUGGGAUGGUUGGUACUUGUGAUAAGAAAUUGAUAUAUUUAGAUGAUUUAGCUCCUUGGGUUAUGAUUCCUCCUAAUUGGGUUCAAUCUUAUACACCAUUGCUAGCAAUUCGCCCUCCGAUGGAAUCUCCAUCGGAGAUUGUAGCGAAAAUGAAUGAAGGGUUGCAAUCGGGGAGGGUCGAGAAUGGGAAUCGUUUGAGGGUUUAUCUUAAGGAAGAUCUUCCGAAAAGGCUACAUUAUGCUGAUAGUUAUAGGAUUCCACCUAUAAUUGGUAUUGUUGAAGAGGGUUUUAAAGUAGAGCAAAAGAAAUCUAAUGAGAGAGAAUGUGGAGGUGCACAUGGAUAUGAUAAUGCAUUUUUCUCUAUGAGGAGUAUUUUCAUCGGCCAUGGCCCUCAGUUUGCGAGAGGACGAAAGGUGACAUCGUUCGAGAAUGUUCAAAUAUAUAACUUGGUUACUUCCAUACUCAACAUUGAAGGAGCUCCAAAUAAUGGUAGUUCUUCAUUUCCUAACUCUGUACUUUUGCCUUAUGCAUAGAAUUUGUGCAUAUUUUUUGAGUCAUUGUUGCCUUGAGUUAGAAUGUUGUUAUUGAUCCAAGCGUCAUGGUGUUGUGACUUGUGAAUGUAUUCCAAAUACUUGUUUCCACUUGAUUUAUGGUUCUAUUCUUCUGCUAAACCUUUGAUUGGGAAAAUAGUGAUUGGAAUCUAGGAUUGUUGUAGUGUGUAUGCAAGUGUCAAACUUUAUCUAACUGGAAUGUUUCAUACAUGAACUUUGAUCCAACAAUAAUAAGCUGUUUGGUUAUUGGUAUUAAAUGUUAAGUGCAUAGUGUAAAAAAUGCGUUAAUGAAACAUUGAAGCGGUAACGGGAGUGAGGCGAUUAUCAUAGCGCCUGAAUAUCAGUCGAAACCGUAAGAUAUCUUUUGAUACAGCUCAAAAUGCAGUUUUUCACACUUUUACGGCGCAGGAAAUAUCGGCUCGUUUAUUUUGAAAAUCUUUACAAUGCAAUUUAUAAUCCUAACAAUUCAUAGUACGUGUGUUAAGGGUUUAAUUCGAUUCGUUGGUAUAUCCGGUACGGUUCACUCAAUAGACAAUUUAAUUAGCAUUUCACCAAAGACUAGGAUGGAAACUCACUUUGGAUACGAUCUUCUCCUGAUUUAAUCGGAGAAAAAUAAUCUGAUAUGAAUUUUAAGGGAAAAAAUGUCCUACUUUACCACUAUAUAGUUUGACUCUGAUACAAUCUGACAUCUUUUUAAUUUUGUUUAAUUAUUUAUUUUUUAGUUUAUUUUAGACAAGUUCAACAUUUUAAGAUUAAUGUUGACGUAUCAAUGUGCCUUUUUCAACUCUUGUUUUUGUAUUUAUCAUUGGUAAUGUAGUUAUUGGACUUCACUAUAAAAGGAAUUUUCCUAAUACUCUUAACACAAUUUUUGAUAGGUCUAUCCAAAAGACAACAUUGCUAUGAAUUUACUUUUGUUACUAAGUAGAAUGGGAGAGAAUAUUUGCUAUUUGCUAAUUCAGGUGUUCAAAACAAAUUUGAUAAUCGGUUACUUACCUAAUCGUAAUGGAACCUCAUUUUGACUAAACUUCAAAAAUAAAUAUAUAAUUAAGAAAAAAAAAAAAACAUCAACACAAUUUGAUUUUGAACUGAUUUGAAACACCUGAAUCUAAAUUAACCUACUACCCAAAUAAUUACUUCUAAUCAUAGCAUGUUUAAGUUAUCAAGUGGAAUUGAUGGGACUAUAAUGUAUAUUUACGUGGGAUUUAGCAAAAUAAUAGUCUAUUCAAAAAAUAUUAUUGUACUGAGUUUGUAUAUUGUUAAAUGGAUUUGAUUCUCAAAAAAAAUAUUAUUAUCCGACUCCGCAAAAGGUUCGAGAAUUGGAGAAAUAAACAUGUAAUUCUAAGUCGAAGGUGAAAAAGUUCGACUUUUAUUCGGUGUUGUAUGUGCUGUAACAUGACCAUUAGUCUCAAGACCCUGAAAAAGAAAAGACCCUAAUCACCACCAAAAACGAAGGACAGGACAAAGUAACCAGGAUCCCUUUAGAGGUUCUGGCUCCCUGAGAAGGACGACUUAGCUUCCUGAAGGACUAAACUUACUCCUCGGUUAAAAUUCAGGACAACAGGACUCACUGAAUUAGUAGGGUCAUAUCAAAAGGGCCCUGGCAGAGAAAGAAGAAUAUAAAUACCUGCAGGAUGAUUAACCCUGCAGAACAAUAGCAUCGGAAACGAUGACGUGGUAUGAGACAACUGCAGUUAUGGUCAGAAAAGUUGUCAACACUUGUAUAAGGCAAGACACUACACCUACCUCGUACCCUACCCAUAUAGGUUUACUAAAAGACAAGGAGGGGGGACCAUGUUGUAAGGAUCAGCAAACCACCAAACGCCACAUAGACAUACGAAAUAUUCUAUCUCUCUCUCUCUCCACUGAUCUCGAGAAAGAUUCCAUUAAGUUAAAAGCCUAAACUGUCAUUAGGGUUCUGGAAACCUCUCCUAAGGCCCACCACUAUAAAUAUACAGUGCCAUGCAUCACCAAGGGUAACGUAACUUUUACACUGAAAUCCAAGCAUUAUUCCCUCAUACAAAUAGCUCUAAUUCCUUAAAAACUGUAUCAGCAAUCAUCUCAAAACCCUUA